CGAAUACUUUGAUUUACAUUAUCUCACACUCUGUAUUAGUGACGAUUGGACGAGACUUAUAGAGAUUCAGAAUCUAGCCAUAAUUAGUCACAUAAAACUUCCGUGAUGAAAUCAUGAUAAAUGAAUAUUAUAUCCAUCAAUCUGCAGUGUAGAAGAAUCCUAAGCAGCACUGGAAGAACUGUCAUUUAAUGGGAAAAAUAAGCCGUACGUUGCUUGUUGUUUGUGCUGUCGACUUAUUGGCCACCACAGGCGACAUAUCCUUCUCAUGGACCUCGCCCAUCUACCCGAAGCUGUACUCCAACGACUCCACCAUCAACCCACUGGGCAGGCCCAUAACCCCUGAUGAAGACACCUGGCUGGGCUCCCUCCUCAACUUCGGCGCCAUCAUAGGCUCCCCGUUCUUCGGCUACAUCUCGGCGGCCUUCGGCAGGAAACCAGCCCUGCUGUGCAUAGCCUUGCCUCACGUGAUCUCCUACGUCACCAUGGCCUUCGCCAGGAACAUCAACUUGUUCCUUCUGGCGCGAUUCGUCAGUGGCAUAGCCGUGGGCGGAGGUUACACCAUGUUGGCGACGUACAUUGGCGAGAUAGCUGAGGAUUCCAGCAGGGGAGGCAUGUCCCUGACCUUGAACGUGUUCUGGGCCAUAGGGAACUUCAUACCGUACGCUAUCGGACCGUUCCUCUCUGUCUUCAUGUUCAAUUCGAUCCUCGCCUUGAUUCCGAUAGUGUUCUUGGUGAUCUUCACGUUAUUUUGCCCCGAAACACCUUAUUACUUGGUGGGAGUAAAAAAGUUCAGAGAAGCUGAGAAGGCACUGAUGUUGCUAAGGUCGGCUGACGCAGAUGCGGUUGAAGAAGAGCUGACACGGAUAAAGAUAUACAUGAAAUCGAACGAGGACGGCCAUUUCCUUGACAUUGUGAAAAGUGCAACCUUGAGGAAGUGUUUCAUGAUCUGCUUCGUACUGAUCGCAACGCAAGAACUGUCUGGGUUCUCAGUGAUCACGUACCAUUUGCAGUCUAUAUUUGCUGCUACAGAUAGCGCAGUCCAGCCACACAUUUCAGCUCUGAUUGUGGGGUUCGUGAUGCUGGUGUCGAGUUUCAUCGCACCGUUUUUAGUGGACAGAUCUGGAAGAAGGAACCUUGUUAUCUGGUCAUGUAUCGGCACGUGCUUGUCACUUACUACUCUGGGCACGUUUUUCUACAUACAGGAUGUUUUGAAGGCGGAGCCCAUUUUCUGGAUACCAAUCGUGAGUCUCAUCAGCUAUAUUGUGUCCUUCAAUCUCGGUAUUUGUACGGUGCCUUGGACUUUGACUGCCGAAUUAUUUCCGAGUAAUGUGAAGCAGGUGGCUGCUUCUUCGAUCUCCAUUUGCUCCUGGAUGGUUUCUUUCGUUACUACGAAUACUUUCAACGAUAUGACUGAGACGCUGGGAAGAUCUGGGACCUUCUGGUGUUUUGCAAUAUUAUCGUUUUGUUCCACUAUUUUUGCUUUCGUUUUCGUUCCUGAAACGAAGGGAAAAAGUUUCAUGGAGAUCCAGGAGAAAUUGUUGCCAGGUGUGCGGGAGACGGUUGAUGAUAAGAACAGUGAACUACUAGUGAAAGGUGGCCAGAAUGGCGGUGGUAUUUUCGAAAAUGGCACUGACGUUGAGAAACUGAGUAGCAGCAUAAUUUGAUGUGAGAAUAUGAAUGACCGAUCUUAAUGUGAAUAUUUAUUGGUGUCAUAGACAACUUUUGAAUUGGAGUGUUUGAGUAAAUAUCGAGGAUCAUUUAUCUAAACUACCUACUACUAGUCCUCGUCAACUGAAUAUCAGCACGUUCUGAUGAAAGU